AUGUCAAAGUCAACAAGUUUGAGUUCCAGUGAACAAUUGUCAAGCUUGCAUGGUGUACGUUUCCCUGUAACAAGGAGACAUUUCGUAUUCGCAGCGUUUGUAACCAUUUUGUUGGCAGCCGACCACCGUGAGACGUCAUUACUUCCACCCCAAAAAUAGCAGCUUCCCGUUGGUUUUUUCUAUAACAAUUGCUUCGGACUGUUUUUAGCUACAAGUUUACCGUUUGCCAUAAACGUCAUUUUAAAUCUAUCUAAUAUAAUUUGACAAUUUAAAUAAGAUAAUUUUGGGGGUGUGAUUAAUUGCCCAGCGAAAUUGUACAAAAACUAUGUGAAGGAAAAGAAUAAAGAACCACGUACGUGAAUCAUCAUCACUCGUUUGCCCACUAGCACCAGUCCCAUUGCCAAGGCCCACAAAAGAUGACACAGCUGAUGAUAUUUGCUGAGUCGAUGAUGGCGCUAUAACCUGUGACAGAGAUGGUGCUGUGACAUGUGAAACUGAUUGUGACGUUGAUACUGACGUCGACGGUGUCAUCCAUGUCAAGGCAGACACUGAAGUUGACACCAAAACUGACGAUGAUGGCAACAUUGACGCUGGAGCAGAUGCUGAAUUAGACCUUGUGGCUGAUGCAAAUGGGAACAUUGACACUGUUGUUGACAUUGACUGCGACAUUGAUGUUGAGGUAGACACUGAUGUUGAUGGUGAAGUCGACGAUGAAUCAGAAGUCGAGACUGACGUAGAUAGCGACACUGACGUUGACACUGACGGCGACAUUGAUGGUGACGUAGAAUGUGACAUUGAUGUUGAGGAAGGCAAUGAUAUUGACGCCGAGAUUGAAGUUGAUGUCGACAUUGAUGGUGAAGUCGAAGCUGAAUCAGAAGUCGAGACUGACGUGGAUAGCGACACUGAUGCUGACACUGACGGCGACAUUGAAGGUGACAUCGAUGUUGAGGAAGGCAAUGAUAUUGACGCCGAGGCUAAGACCGAAGGUAACGUGGACGGCGGAGCUGAAGCAAGAAUAGAAUUAAAUUCCAUGAAUGCUCAUUCUUAACCUUGGGAUUCAAAUUUCAAAACUAAAUUAUAGCCUCAAAAGGUCUCAUAUUUCUUUUACAACACCUCAAAAGUCCUGUCGGUCACAUAAGACCUCCCCUAAGAUGAAAACGGGCAUGGGGAACGACAUUACAUGCAAUGGCUGUGGAAACCACUACAUAGGAGACACAGCUUGUUGAUUGCUACUGCUAUAAUGUAAUCCACUAACCUACCAGUUUACAAGAAGAGGGCGAUAAAUUACUACACAAAUAGUUUGAGCCUGUUAGAUUUAGAAUUGAACAUUUAACGUCAUCAGAAACAGAUUUUCUGCGGUUGCAGUUUUCUGCACCAUGAUUGUGCUGUUGCAGUACUUGUUUGAAGCAAGCUCCGGUUCAGACGCGGAACAUUUCAUGAGCCGAACCAAAUACACUGAAUGAAAUACAUGAAAAGUUCGGCGUCUGAAACAAUAAGGAACGCCUAUUUCAAUUUGGAAUGGCUCAGCUGUUCUACCCGCCUAGCCCGACCGGGAACUUCGACUUUGGAGCGACUUUGUAACGGCUUUGAUUCAGACGAAUGCCGAAAUUUUCAUGUGCCGAACCUACUGCACAAGUUAGCGUAACGUAUUUUGCAAAAAAAGAAGUGAAAAUAAGUAGUUUUCUCCUUUUGAAUUUAGUUCAGCUUGAAUUAAAAUGGGCGUCUAAAUCAAUUCACCCGUUGUAAAUAAAUUUGGGUCGUCUUUUAAUUUGAAUUAGUUUUGGCUCAUGAAAAGGUCAACGUCUUAACCGGGCCUAAAGCUCUGUACAAACGGAAGCAACAUUGUUGGCCAACAAUUCCCAGCAUUGUCAGUUAUUACAUGUUGCAUCCGUUUGCACACCCUGUUGCGUGUUGUUGGGAGUUGCUUCGCAGAGUUUGAAACGGGUCAACCUUUUAGCUACGUGCAAACAGAUGCAACAACUCCCAACAAUGUUGGCCAACAAUGAUGCGUCCGUUUUUACGGGGCUCAACCAAUCAUGAAUUAAUGUAUUAACAGUAGCCUCACUUUUAGCUAGGGAUAAAUAUUUAUAUUAUAGAGCUGAUAUCAACAAUAGUACCCCAAUUAUCCUGAGUUUUUGUUCAGGUUUUAGGAAUUAUACCGAGAAUAUCAUAAUAUAUUUCUUCGUUGGAGUACUUACGCUCAUCAUCUACAAUUACAACUGUUGUAUUAGCUGGAUCUACAAUGGGGUUACCGGAGGGGGGUUUAUCGUCCAAAAGUGAGAAUAUCAACAUCAUUGUUUCGUUUCCUUCAAACACAUCAUCGUCUUUAAUACCGAGAGUGACAGUAAAUCGUGCCAACGAGAAGUUGGUUUGAAGAGUUAUGAGUGCAUUUAGCGGUUGAUAGUCUGAAUUGGCCGUGGCUGUUAUGUCCACCGUAAUUCCCCUGAAAAAAAAGGAAAGAAUCUGUUUGUAGAUUAAAAAAAGCUGUUGUUUUAUAGUCUGAGAACCAUAGCUACGGCUUGUAGAUUACACUUUUACAAGUUUUGUUAGAUUGAUCCAUGAUUACCAAAUAGAUUGUUCAUCACUGUAAGAGCGAAGAAAACUAAUUGAUCUUUCACUUUUUAUAAGAUCCGGUAACAUUUAGUUGCUUUGCCGUUUCCUAGUGAGUUCUCUCUCUUAAGACCUCAUAUACCAGGAAGUCCCAUAGUAUGUCAUACAACCUUUUACCCGCUUUUGUUGAUUCGGAUUGCAAUAGAACCCAGAUCAUAAGAAGUUUUCAUCUUUAUGUAAUACAGUUGUGGUAACCUUUUUCCCGUAUCUUUACUCAUGCCGACGUAGUUAAUGCUCAAACGUGGGAGGUAUCUCCCCCAAAAAAUCCAGUCGAGCCACCUUAAAUAUGUUCCUCGCACCUUUACAACCCUAAAGGCUGGUAUCAUAUUCAAAAAGACUUGUUCAGCACUUCUAACAUCAAAGAUCAAGCAAAAAUUCUGCCGUAUGGUAAGACAAAACAGCGGUGAUGAUGAUGAUAAUGAUGAUGACGGUGAUAGUGAUGGUAAUGAUGAUGAUGAUGAUGAUGAUGAUGAUGAUGAUGAUAACGUUGGUGUUGAUUGUAAUUGCGAUAUUAACGAUGAUGAUGAUGCUUUGUUCUGGCUAAAGUUUUAAUUGAAUUCCCAAAUGGUAAGUAAGUUUCUCACCUCAGAAAAACGGUAGUGUUUAUAUUAUCAGUAUUAUUGAGAGAAAGUUCAAAAGAAUAUUGAGCAGUUCCUGCAUCCUCGCUUGCUACUAUUUGCGAAGGAGCUUGAAAGUGGAAAAGAGCGCCUGAAAAAAAAAAAAAAAAACAGUAUUAUUAUUAUUACUAUUAUUAUCAUCAUUAUUAUUAUUAUUAAAUGUAGCGAUUACCAUUACGAAAGGGCACCCAUCUAAAGAGCGCGGUAAAUUCUCGCGUGCUGCAUUAGAAUUUGAUGUUGCGCUAAACUCGAGACAAUAGGAAAUCCCUGCAAGCAAAACAUUAUCCAAAUAUAUCACAUCGCUUCAAUAUUUACUCAAUUUUGCGCCUUCGUUAGGCAACUUAAAAUGUUUCAGUUGUUACGAAAAUCGGGCAUUCUAUCGUACACUAAUCAAUUGCACCACUGAAAUUUUUUAAACUUAAGAAAAUCUAUCGUCGAAUUUUAGAUAAAUCGCUGUUUUCGUGAAAGUAGCCUUAGCAUUAGCCUUAGCUCAGCAUUACGUUUUACCCCGAUUCAUUUGUUUUCGUGUUUUUCGAAAUCGCGCUAGUCUGCUUGCGUUUGGCCGAUUGUAGAGUGUAUGAGGAUCAUUUACGAAACGAGUGAACGAGAAAACCUUGCCAGAAAGAUAAAAAAAUUAGGAAAUUUGUCUGCAUUAAUAAGUCCAGUCUUCAGUUCAUGCAUAAUUUACAGGGUGUUCCAAAAGUUCGUUCCUCUACUUUAUAAGUCUGUAACGCAGUACGAUUGGACUUGAUCAGCACAUAAUUUAAACCCAAGAUGUGACUUUCAAUCUAAUUUAUAUUUCAUACUUCUUGUGCCAUCUUUGUACUCGAAAUUCGAUUUGUGUAAUUUCGCGCCAAAAGUGCGCUGCCCGAGUAAAUUUUCCCGCCAUAUAUUUUUUGCAUGUUGUAGCCCGAAAUGCUCGAACUCCUAACUUUUUUUGUGUGAAUAUCCUGAAAGAUUAAGCUCUCUCAACGAAAAAAUACUCAGCUACGUGCCAGCAGAAGAUGUAUUUAUAUCUACUGGCUUAUCAGUUAAACAAAUUCCUAAAAAAAUGGAAAAAUCCUAAUGUUCGGUGGUAAGAUGGUCAUAGAGAAAUGAAGGUUUUACAGACAAGAAACGAGGGGUAAGACCGAAAGUCCUGAAUAAAAGCACUAAAAAAAGUAGUUUUAAAGAAGGCCAAGUAUAAAACAGGAAACCCACCGAGGUAGCUCUUACAACCGUUAGCAAGUUAAGUCUGGAGCAGGUUCAUGAAAAGCAAAGUUUGGAGACCCCCGAGAUGGCCAAAAAAAAACUUUACUCUCGGCCAGGGCCGUCCGCCAAGCAACGUUCAGCUCGUCUCAAAUUUGUAAAGAAGAACAAAAGCCUUACUGUGGAAAGGGGACGGAAUGAUCAUCUCUUCUUGGAUCAAUGCCCAAAAUAUAUUGUUUCAGCUGCCUAAUGUAAAAAAUUAUAUUGUUUGGAGGCCGAAGUGACUUCUGCAUACUAGGUGAUAAAAAAGCUCAAAAUUAAUCAUCUAGGGCUCUACAUGCUACAUGGCUUAUUUCACUUAAUGCCGCAACGGCUACAGAGUGUGAUAAAAAACAAAGGGGGGAUGCCGGUAACUGAACUUCUGAACACAUGUACUCGAUAGAGUAAGAAACAUAUUUUACAAAUUUCAUGUAAAAAUGAAGUUUUGAUCAAAAGUUAUAGCGCAUGAAGUUAGAGGAACGAACUUUUGGGACACCCUCUAUACCCUUUUUAAGAAAUGCCAAGAUAUCUCGAAAUUCCUGUAACAGAUUUCUGUGAAACUUCGCAUAACGGACAUCCUCGGAGACCCAGGGGCAGAUAGUGGGGGCGAGGGAAAGUCUAAACGGGCGCCGUUCUGGCUUCUGAUUGGUGCCAGAAAACUUGUGUUUUUCUGGCACCAAUCAGAAGCCAGAACGGCGGCGACCGUUUGGAACUGGUCUGGUAAGACAUUGUCCCCAGGGGCUCUUCUCGCCGUUCUUUACUUUUCUUCGUGCCUUAUUUUUCCGCCCGUUUAGACUUUCCCUCGCCCCCACUAUCUGCCCCUGGGUCUCCGAGGGUGCAUAACGGAAGGCAAGCACCCAAAGUAUCCGCAGCGUAAAGCAUUUCCAAAGUUCAGGUCCAGGGGGGGGGAAGCUACUUCCCAUACAUUCUCUUAAAUGAAAUCCAAACGAUGUUCUCACAACUUGCAAAGCGAUCAGCAAGGUUCUUGCCAGCGGAUUUGUGUACUGAUCAUGCGCAUUACGUCAAAAACCAUUAAUCAACGGUCUUGAGAAGAAACAAAAACAUGGCGGUCGAAGGCGGGACUGUUUCUCACUAUUAUAUUUUGGUAAUUCGCAAUUUUAUUGAUUUUAUGCCGCUUUUCAGACAUAGUGUGUGGUUUUCUUUUUCUGUUAAACAAUUUCCCUCCGCAGAGUUUGGAAUAUGCAACAUAGCUCCGUAUAGCUGAUAAGAAUCGCCGAAGAGUUGAGCUAUCGAGCAGUGUUUUGCUGCAAACCUUAGGGAAGUUAAAGUCGCUUUAAGGUACAGAGCUUUCAGUAGUAGUUGUGAUUUGUUUAUUAGGAUCGUUUUGAAUUUUAACGUUGGAUUCAAGGUGUUGACUGAUCGUAAUAAACGAAGUGAAAUGUUAUGAAGUGUGGAUGUUUAUUCAGUUAUGAUAUGUAGAGAUAAAGCUGUCUGAAUAUACUUGCUUCCGAUAAAUUUGACACUUUCUCCAGUAAUUUUUAUCAGCAUCAAGUUAUCAUUGCCCUGCAAAAACGAUGUAACCUAUAAAUCGAUCAAGCGGGUUGUUGUUGGUUAAGAUCUAUUAAACACGGCUGCGUUUUAGUUUCCCCCGCAAUUUCAGUACCGAAAGACAAAUACGAUAUGCAAGAAAAACGAAGAUGCAUGAUAUUAUUUUUUUCAAUUUUUUAAGCAUUUCUGAUUUCCCCUGCCUGUUCGCUUCCUGCUCCUAAAAAGUCUAAAAAUAUAUUUACUGUGGGAAAAAGUGCAAUUAUCCGCUGACCACCACGCAGGGUGACCGCUUUGCAAGUUGUGAGAACAGCGUUUCUCGGUCCUAGACCUCGUCUCUUACCCCCCCCUGUUCAGGUCGAUAAGGGCUGAAAUUGGAUUUAAAGCCAAACUAUUGUGACGUCAUUGCCACGUGAUAUUUCUUCGAUCGCCCAAAAAAUAAUAUCAUAAAAAAAGUUUAUGGUUUUACCAUAAAAGAUCAAUUUGUUUAGGUACAUGUAUAAGAGAUUCAGAGAUGGAAGGUGUCGCCACAAAAUUAUUGUAUCGAGCCACCUUUAGCUUUUAAAUGGAUAAGUUUAUACUGAGAAGAUUUUUUAUCUCAUUGUUUGAAGCUCUUUUAAGCGAUCAAAUUAAAAACUGGGCCCAGAAAUAUCAUGAAAGUGUUAAGCGGUUUGGAAUAUAAAAAAGAUUAAAUUCUCUUUGAAUGCAAGUGAAUUCUAUUUUGUGCAUAAAUAAUGUUGUUUUGUUGUGCUUUUAAAAUAAAUCCAGCUUGUUCAAGAACUUCUGUCUUCAGUUUUGCCAUUCGAUCCCGUGACAUACAUUAUGACAAACAUAACUUUUUGUUAAAAUCUCCAUUUAUUGCCAGGCAUGAAACCCGUAAUUUCAAGCUCCCCUUAGAUAUGUUGAACGAUUAAGUGAAUGGUGCAGUGAAUGAAAAUCAUGUCACGAUUAUGUGAAUAAAUAUCAGUCACGCCGGGCAUGCCUAGCCCGUGUACAACUGCCCCCUUGCCCUCAGAAAAAAUCGGCGAAGGGCGUCUGUGAUUCACCGUUUCCGCCGACCAAAAUUCCGUAGCACAUGUUUCAUAUCAUUCCAGUUCUUAUAAUACCGGUACAUGCGACUUAUUUCCAACGAGCAAUUGAGCUAGAGAGGCAUUUUUAAACUCGCUUUACUCAAUACGGAGCGAGACAAUUGUUCACAGCGUGGAAUCCGGAAUUCAAGACCGUCUUGGAUUCCCUUACGUGGAGCGAUAAGUGUUUAGGUCUCCAAUGCUUUCACAACAUUUUAUCACAGUCAAUGAGACUGUUUUCCAGGAAAGGACAGGACAAAGCUACAUGUUAUUGUAAACGUUAUUCAGAGCACACGGUUCAAAUCACAUAUGCAGUGUAAUAAUUUGCAGAAGAGAUUUGGUUAUUCCCCAGAACCGGGCAACAAAUGUUGAUUAUGGUGCUUAUAUACAGGUCCUGUCAAAAAGCUAACUCCAGUGAUAUUCGUACCCGAGAUACUUGCAGAAUGGCACGAUGGUUUGGAAAUAUACAUAGACCUUGCUAAAUAUUAA